AUGGCCCACAAAACCGAAAAAAACACCCCACUGGAUGGCAUACCAUCUGCCAAUAGUCGAGUCACCCAUGUAACCACCAAACAACGGAGCCACGUAUGCAAGGAAUGUCAAAAGAUUGGUCAAGGCAGAGGCAGUCUGCAACCCCUUACCCAACGCACCAGCAGAAGCAUCGGGGUUCCCCGGUGGAGGCGCACCCCAGCCGUGUGGGGAGUUUGGGUCAAUUCGUCUCUGGAUGUAGUUGGUAAGAAUACCAGUCGUGGAGUAGUAGGAGGCACGCUCAGCAAACUCACAAAGACAAAGGAUAAUUGUGCUGUACCUGAUGUUCCCAAUCACUCUUCUCAAGGUCUGCAGCUCGUGCUCGGUUGGUCUUCUCAACCCUUUGGGAUUAUGCUCGUCAACAAAGUUGGUGGAGUAGUUUUUUGGAUCUUCGUAGUCGUAGUCCUCUUCGCUAGACAGGCCGUGUUCACCUGUAAUCACCUCAAGGAGAUCUGGCUGUUUCUCGUCGGUAUAUUCUGGAGCUCCCAUGUUGUAGUUACUUGUCUCUUGAGAGUUUGUCACUAUAUUGAGGAUACAAGGAAAAAGCAGGAAGUGUGGUGA